AUGGCGUCCUUCUUGCCUUUGGUGGUCUUGCCAUUGCUGUUAUCCGGUGUUGGUGCCCAGUCCUACGACCCUCCUCCACGCCCUGAGGGUUCGUUCACUUUUGUUCAACCAGCGAACUGGACGAUUCUCGGAUCAUAUGGACACUCUCCUGCCGUACUACCCUCGCCCAACGCGACUGGUGUUGGCGGAUGGGAAGAUGCUCUGGAGAAGGCCAAGGCUUUCGUGUCCCAACUGACCCUCGAAGAGAAGGCAUGGAUGGUCACUGGUCAGCCGGGCCCUUGUGUUGGUAACAUUGCCCCCAUCGCGAGGCUUGGCUUCAAUGGUCUCUGUUUGCAGGACGGUCCGCUCUCAGUUCGCGUGGCAGACUACGCUAGUGUAUUUUCCGCCGGCGUUUCUGCUGCGAGUACUUGGGACAAGGAAAUCAUUUACGAGAGAGGCUAUCUGAUGGGCAAGGAGUUCCGCGCCAAGGGUGCCCAGAUUGCGCUUUCACCAGUUGCAGGACCCCUAGGCCGCUCUGCGUACGCCGGACGGAACUGGGAGGGCUUCUCUCCAGAUCCAUACCUCACCGGUCUUGGCAUGGAGUUGACAAUCCGUGGCCACCAGGAUGCUGGCGUACAGGCCACCGCCAAGCACUACAUCGGUAACGAGCAGGAGACUCAGCGUAACCCCACUUACGACUACAAUGCAACAUUGAACACCGUGAUCCAGGAGGCCAUUUCAAGCAACAUCGACGACAGAACCAUGCAUGAGCUUUACCUGUGGCCAUUUGCAAACAGCGUCAAGGCGGGAGCUGCUUCAUUUAUGUGCGCAUACCAAAGGUUGAACGGCUCGUAUGCCUGCGAGAACUCCAAAGCCCAGAACGGGAUUUUGAAGGAGGAGUUGGGUUUCCAGGGAUAUAUCAUGUCCGACUGGGGUGCCACACACAGUGGCGUGGCCUCUGUUGAGGGUGGUCUCGAUAUGAACAUGCCGGGAGGCCUGGGUCCUUACGGAACUUCAUAUGGAGUCGGAUCGUACUUUGGAGGCAACAUCACAGCCAUGGUCAGCAACGGCACCGUCUCUGAGCACAGAAUUGAUGACAUGAUCGUUCGUAUCAUGACACCUUACUAUCAAUUGGGCCAGGACAAGGACUUCCCCUCCACCGAUCCGUCCUCGGCUGAUCUGAACACCUUCUCACCCCGCAGCACCUACUACCGCAACGACUGGAACUUUGGUGAAGAUGCUAGCCGGGACGUUCGCGAGGACCACGGUGACAAGAUUCGCGUCCAUGGAGCAGCUGGAACGAUCCUCCUGAAGAACACCAACGGCGCUCUCCCACUCAAAGCCCCAAGAUCCAUCGCUGUCUUCGGCAACGAUGCUGGUCAGCCUACGAACGGAAUGAUCAACCCGAACGACUUCGAGUAUGGAACGAUUGUUGCUGGUGGCGGUUCUGGUACAGGCCGACYGACCUACCUCAUUACUCCACUGGCUGCCAUUGAAGCACAGGCGAAAGAAGACAACUCCCUCGUUCAGGUCUGGCUCAACAACACUCUCCUUGCCGAAACCGACAUUACCACGCUAUGGAUUCCUCAGAAGCCUGACGUUUGCCUUGUUUUCCUGAAGGCUUGGGCAGCAGAGAGCAGUGAUCGUUACGGUCUGGAUGCCGAGUGGAGCGGUAACGAGGUCGUCGAGAGCGUCGCAUCGGUAUGCAACAACACGAUCGUCGUCAUGCACAUUCCUGGACUCGUCAACGUUCCCUUCGCGGACCACCCCAAUGUCACUGGCAUCAUCACUGCCCACUUCCCUGGACAAGAAUCUGGAAACUCGCUCGUAGAUAUCCUUUACGGCAAGGUCAACCCAUCUGGAAAGCUCCCAUACACUAUCGCUCUGAACGAGACUGAUUACAAUGCGCCUCCCGUCACCGAGGUCUCCACUGAUGGUAUCGACGACUGGCAAGUGUGGUUCGAGGAGAAGCUGGAGAUUGACUACCGUUAUUUUGAUGCGCACGACAUGCCUGUGCUGUACGAGUUCGGAUUCGGUCUUUCUUACACUGAAUUCAACGCCUCUGGUAUUGAGGGCUCCGCUGCCGGACCUAUCGCCUCCGCACCAGAGGAUCUACCUGUUGCUCCAGGUGGCAACCCUGCUCUCUGGGAGACCGUCUACACUGUGACUGCCAACAUCUCAAACGUUGGCGAUGUUCAUGGUGCAGCGGUUCCUCAGCUUUACGUCUCGCUUCCGGAUUCCGUCCCGGAGACUCCUGUCCGUCAAUUGRGAGGAUUUGAGAAGAUUCCUCUUGACGCUGGCGAGCAGGCGACUGUCAGCUUCCCGCUCAUGCGCCGCGAUCUCAGCUACUGGGAUAUUACGGCUCAGCAGUGGUUGAUUCCUACUGGAACAUUCACUUUCCACGUGGGUUUCAGCAGCAGGGAUCUCAGAGACUCGUUCGAGGCCACCAUUGUUGGCACUUAUUAA